AUGGGUCGGUGGUCCCACGGGCUGAAAGAGGGAGAAAAGACUACAGAGCAACUGCUUAAAAAUACUAAGGAAGUAUUUUUGAAAACAUUAAAUAUAAAUAUUCAAGAUUGUGAAAUAAACAAGAUUUAUCGUAUAGGGAAAGAAAUCAAAGGUAACAAACCUAGGCCGACACUCUUAUCCUUUGUUAGUGGAUUGAAAAAAAACGAGAUAUUAAGGAAUAAGAAGAAGUCGAAGGAAAUAACAUUCACAGAAGACUACUCUAAAGAUAUUUUAGAAAAGAGGAAAGCACUAAUACCACAAUUAACAGAAGAAAGAAAUAAAGGCAAAAUCGCUUACCUAAAAUACGAUCAACUCAUAGUAAAGGAAAAAUCAAACACAUAUUAUGAGAAAAGAAAAAGGGAGGUAUCUACUUCUCCGCAAUACUCUCAGCCAAAAAAACAACAAAUUUCAUCUUCAUCGAAGGAGAUAGUGAACGUAUAUGACAUGAUGAGAGCUAGUAAAUAUGAAGAAGUAUAUCCACCAGAAGUCUCAGAAUUUGUGUACAUCACUGACGACACAUACACAAAACGUGAAGUACUGAGAAUGGAGCAUUUAAUUUUAAAGGUGUUAUCAUUUGAUCUCUCAACACCCACCUCACUAGCUUUCCUGUCACAUUACUGUAUUUCUAAUGGUCUCUCAAAGAAGACAUUCCAUUUGGCAUCUUAUAUUGCGGAGCUGUGCUUACUUGAAGCAGACCCAUAUCUUCAAUUCAAACCCUCAGUAAUAGCAGCGUCGGCGCUGGCAACAGCUCGGCAUUGCUUACUAUGCGAGCAGUGCGCCUGUGAUCCUCAGGACGUAUACGAAACUAGAGACGCUCCGGGCAAGGUCAACCCGCAAUGUGCAAUGGUCGCGUGGCCGUCUACGUUGUCCACGUGUUCGGGAUACACUUUACUUGAAUUGGAAACAUGCCUUAAAGAAAUUGCUCGUACACAUUCCCAUGCCUCUGUUCAACCUUAUCAAGCCAUACCAGACAAAUAUAAGAGCAACAAGUUUGAAGGCGUGUCACAAGUAGAGCCGCGGCCCAUGUUCCCGGUGGGCAAGUACCAAGCCCCGGCCGCCGCCCGCCCGCCCCCAGCGGCCGACUCUGCGCGCGCCACCAGCUAGGGUCACUGUACAACCACACGAAAUGACAUUACGGCUCCAGGCUUUGAGACCGCAUAUCCGACAUCCUUGGCCAUGGCUAAAAAUAAUAUAAAGAACCCGUCUUGAGAUAAAAGACGGUGCGAGCUUAAAAAAAUAGUAAAUUCAAUUAACCGCCUCAUUUACUUUCAUAGGCCAGUCAACGGGCAAAGACUUAUAUGCAUUUGUAUAUGAAAAUGUAUUUUCGGACUCCUGCAUUUGUUUUAUGGUUGGAACGGAGUAUGAGACAAGUGUCAAAUUGACAUUUUAAAUAUCGAAUUACGCUGUUGUAUACAUGCUCAAUUCCCGAUUUACUUAAUUCAAAAGACGAAAAAUAUUAACUUUAGUAAGUUUUUAUUAGAUUACAUCAUAAUGUUAAUUGAGAAUUGGAUAUUGCAACUACCCGUAAGUAUACAGAACUAUGGUGAGUUACUCUUUCAUUAUAUAAUUGUCUUUAAUCUCUGUAAGUUUUGUUCUGUUUACACGGAGCCAUUACGUACUGUUGAUCGUAGUCGACUGUUCGAAAUACUUGCCUGAAGUCCAAGCGAGCAACUCAAAUUUAGUAAUGUUUUAAAAAUAUCUAAUUACAAUUGGUUGUUCCUCAUAAUAUCUACAAAGCAAAUUGAAUCUCAAUCAACAAACGUCAAUUGAUUGGUAAUAAUUGGCUCUAUUGGGCGUCCUCUGCAAUAAUUAUCAUAAAUAUAUAUAAAAGGAAUUGCUGGUUGUCGGAUUUGACUAUUUUCAGUCUUAAAACUGUUCGUAUUAAUCCAAAUAAGGAUCUUAGAAAAUAAAUAUGGAAUUAUACAGAACAUCAGGGUAGGGUAGUAUUUCAUAGACUUUGCUUAGAAUAUUUUGUUGAUUAACUUUUUUUUAUCUGAAUAGUUAUGUUCAAAAUCUAAAUAAAUUUAAAUGAAAAAUUUCGAUUUCUUUAUAACAUUAUUUACUUCGUCCAAGCUUUUGAAACAUGUGUUGUAGUUGUCAAUGAUUUGUUUCAGCAGAAAACGUGUUCCAUGACUGCGAUUUGUAUUUUUCGCCUUUAUUGUAGUUUCAAACUGGAUUUGACUCGUGAUUGUACUUUAACUGUAAUUUAAUUUAUAAUUUAAAAAGAAUUAUCGCCUCUUAGGAAAUUUUUUAAACUAAUAAAAUAGGUGACGUCAUUGUAUGUUUCAAAAAUGUAUUUUCAUUCAUACCAGUCUUGCCUCCUCUUCGCGCUUUUGAAUUGAAAAUCUGUUUAGGUCAAGUCUAGGUAACUAAAGGUGUAUUAAGUUCAGAUUUAAAGUCUAGGGCAUAUACCGUAUUAUCUGUCAAUCAGUAUUCGACUAGAACAAUAAAAUGUAUUCACAGAUUUGACCGAAGAUGGUCAAGUGAAUCGCACUGGCGUUAAGACGAUUCCGAUAGUUUCUUGCGUCUGGUAAUUAUUACCUGUGUGCGUGGAUUAUUGCGCGAAGACAAUUUCGUAAAAACAUGACACGCAUACGAACUGGUGUAGGUUCUUCAGAAAGCUGAUAUUGAUCCACCGGUGACGUCAUUGCUGAUAGUAUCAGGAUACUAUUGACAGGAUACUAUCAGCAUGAUAUCUAAUCAGGAUAAAGUUGAAGUCAAAAGUUCUUUUUUUAUUGCAUAGAUGGGUGGACGAGCUCACAGUCCACCU